AUCACAAGAGAAGGGUCCUUAAACUGACGGCUGGGAAGGAAAAUGGCGGCCUCCGUUCUUUGCAGGAGGUUGGCGUUGCCUGGGGUUUUUAGAGGGAUUUCCGCUACUAAAUCUUUAAAUCCUGGUACACCACUAUGUGGGUCCUUAUUACAGAUUGCAAACUACAAUCCAAAGCCUCUAAAACUAAAUAUCAAGGACCCUUACAUCCCUGACAAAGGGAGCGAGAAGACCCCUGAAUGGCAAAAGACAACCAAGUAUGACCGCAAGCUGUUCGGACGCUACGGUUCGGCCUCUGGCGUUGAUGUGGCAAAACUGUGGCCCGGUCCGGAUGAGUUGGAAGCGUUGAUUGCUGAGGAGAAAGAAUGGCACCCACCUCUGGAGCAGAUUCUGUCAAACGUCACCGCAAAGGAAAAUGAGAAGGCGAAGAAACGUCUGGCCAGAGAAAAGCUGAUUGCCACUAAUAUGGCAAACAUGCCCAAGAUGGUGGCGGAUUGGCGACGGGAAUCACGCGAAGAAAAACUGAAGAAGAAAGAGGAGAAAGCCCGACGGGACCUGUUGCUCGCUGAGGCUAGAGCGCGUUACGGCUACGCACUGGACCCACGCAGUGCCAAAUUCCAGGAAAUGCUGAAGGAAAUCGAAAAGGAAGAAGCAAAGAAAAGAAAACUACUAAAACGUCGGAAGAGAGAAGAGGAACGGGCUGCAGCGGCUGGCCCGGAUGCUCCUACUGCCGUCCCCAAUAGCUAGCUAUGCAACUGUGUGCGCUAGCGGGCUAUUGUUGUUAAUAUACGAUUGAGUUGACUUCCGACGGGUUUUGUAUAUAGAGAACUUUGACAUGUUUCCUAAUAUAAAAGUAAUUAUAUUCGCCUUUUUUUUCAACAGCUCCCAGUUAAAAUGCACUUGCUUGUAGUCAGGGUUGUCCAUACUGUUGUUGUUAAUCCCCAGGGUAAUGUCAUCUGGUUCAGUGUUUUUCAGUCCUGGUCCUGGAAACCCACCGUGUCCGCUGGUUUUUUUUUCCGUAAAAACCAUAGUUUAUUUCAGCAACCUUAACUGAUCUCUUGGAGAAACCCAGAUCCUUACUUCAUGAGUGUCAAACCCCUGUCCAGUAGAGCCACACUUCCGAGUGGUUUUAGGCGUGUUUCAGCCGGAGUGAUUAAGUAACUGAUUGGCUGAAGCACGCGUGGAUAACUCUAGUCCUGGAGGACUGGGCUGUGUGAUGGUUUUGUUCCAAACACAUAACUUAAUUUUUCUGACAGAUCUAUAAACUAUGAGUGCAGUGAAAUCUUCAGGAUGCCUUUGCAGUCUACAGCUGUAGUUGGUGCUUAUACAACUGUCAGAUCCAGAUAUGACUGAACUAAUCAAAUAAAGAGUGGAACUUCGCACCCUUGAGCUGAAGAGUACACACACUUUGUUUGUUUUCAAAGCCUUAAUUGGAUGGGAGAAAUACCUGCAGACACUGCGACCCCCCCACCCCCCCCAGGACUGGAAUUUGACACCCCCUGCUCUACUUUAUGUUCAGAUCAUUGAGGGGUAGGCAACUCUGGUCCUGGAGUUCCAGAGAUGUUCCUGGUUUUUGUGCUUCACCCAAACCUCAAACUACUUGCUUGUGUUAUUAGGCUGAAUGAACCAGGUGACCAUGCUUUGGAGGUACACAGCAUGUCAACAUUCAGGCUCUGAAUGUUCAGGUCCAGGCUUUUAAUCGCUCAGAGUCUUGUGACCAAGCCUGGAUGGAACAACAAGGAGAAAUAUCACUGGCCCUCCAAGACCCCUGGUUUA